AUGGAAAGGGAGUGGUGUGUUCUUGACAGAAUCAGUCUGAUAAGAAAUCUUGAUGAAACGUGCAAUCCUAGGCAUUACCCGAGAGGUUUUCGAACUUUCUUUGGUCGAAAGGGAAUAUUUCCCUCUGGAUGGCAAGAAAAUGUCCCAGCUCAAAGCCAAAAGAACGUCAAUCGCGCUCUUGACUUCCGCUCGCCACUUCGCGAAAGAGUUCUUUCGAAUCAGCAAACUCAAUCGAUUGCGCAAGCUGUGAACGAUUUCGAUCGCCAACGAGAUCAAAUUGCUUCUCCUGAAACGAGUUCUGGUGGCUUUGCCAAAAAACACCUAGUCAAGGAACAUCUCGACAAGGAACCCCAGCUCGCCCCCCAAGCGCGAGAAAUAAAAAUAAACGGAAACGUGAAAGAGAAAGCAGCGAUAACGGACACCUUACAGCUACAAAAUUGA